CCCCCAGGGCAUCCACCUAUGUAACCCCCCAGGGUAUCUACCUGUCUAACCCCCCAGAUGUGUGCCCCCCAGGUGGAGGACAGUCUGGAGCUCUCCUUCCUGAGUGAAGACAUCAAACUGGACGUCUUCUUCUUCUACGAGGACAGCAACGUUGUGUGGAACGGAGGGACGCAGGCCAAGAGCGGCAGGAAGUUCAAGUACGUGUUCCCGCCCUUCUCUCUGUGCUGGGCGGAGCUUCUGGAGCUGAGGGUUCGAGUCCCGUGUGAGACGCUCGACUACGUGACGGCCAACUACGGCGCCGCCUGGAGCGUCCCCGUGACGAUCUGGGACUGGAAGACGUCGCCUAGCAACGUGCAGGAAAACGGGGUGUGGCCUCUGGCAGAGUGGGCGGAGCUUAUCCAAGUCUACUAAGCCUCAAAACUACAAAUACAGACAUGAAACUACAAAUAAAGACUCAGAACUCA